AAAUAUGUAGCACCAAAAAAAAAAAAAAGCAACAAAACUGACUCUAAAUGAUGGAAGUGUCAUAGAUCCAAAGGGCACAAGAAGGCACGGGACAUGGCUGCGGGGGGCUUUAUUUUUGUGCUGUUCAUCCUGGCCUUUCUGUGUGUCAAUGGAAACCUGGUCUCACAAAGGUCUUUCUCCAUCGACUACAAUAACAACUGUUUUCUAAAAGAUGGAAAGACUUUCCAGUACAUCUCAGGCAGCAUCCACUACUCCCGGAUCCCCAGGGCCUACUGGAGAGACCGGCUUCUGAAGAUGUACAUGACCGGACUCAACGCCAUCCAAGUAUACGUACCAUGGAACUUCCACGAGUCGACACAGGGGGUGUACAACUUCACAGGAGACAGAGACCUGGUGCACUUUUUAGAUUUGGCCAAUCAGACGGGGCUCCUGGUCAUUCUGCGCCCGGGGCCGUACAUCUGUGCAGAAUGGGAAAUGGGGGGACUUCCUGCAUGGUUACUUCAAAAACCAAACAUCAUCCUUCGAUCAGCUGACACAGAUUAUCUACAAGCUGUAAGCAACUGGCUCGCCAUCCUUCUCCCUAAAGUCAAACCCUGGCUCUACGUCAAUGGAGGAAACAUUAUAACUGUGCAGGUGGAAAAUGAAUAUGGGAGUUAUUUUGCCUGUGAUUAUAACUACAUGCGUCACCUCCGGACUCUGUUCCGUUUGUUUCUGGGUGAAAACACAGUCCUGUUCACCGUUGAUGGAAACACAGACAAAGAAAUGACAUGUGGGAGUUUGGAAGGAUUAUACGCCACAGUGGACUUCGGGACAGACACAAAUGUAAGAGAAGCUUUUAAAAGGCAGAGACGGUUUGAACCCAAAGGUCCAUUGGUGAAUUCUGAGUUUUACACUGGUUGGUUGGAUCACUGGGGAGACUCACACACUACGGUCAGCACAGAUAAGGUCAUGCGAGUCCUGACAGAGAUGCUCUUAAUGGGAGCCAAUGUCAACAUGUACAUGUUUGAAGGAGGCACCAACUUUGGAUACUGGAACGGUGCCGACCAUGACACUCGAUAUCGCUCCGUCGUGACCAGUUACGAUUACGACGCCCCGCUCUCUGAGGCUGGAGACCCCACAGAGAAACUGCUGGCUAUACGAGAAGUCAUUAAAAUGUUUAGAGAUAUUCCCUCUGGAUCUGUGCCUCCAGCCACUCCCAAGUUUGGUUAUGGAUUUGUAACUCUUAAAAAAGUUGGUAAUAUCAGCUCGGUCUUGAACACCAUCUCACCCCUGGGGCCUGUAAAAUCUCAGUAUCCUCUGACUUUUGAAGAGCUCAAACAGUACUAUGGCUACAUGCUGUAUCGGACCUCCCUGCCCCGGGACCUCUCCGAGCCCACUCCUCUUAUCUCUCCUCUCAAUGGGGUUCAUGACCGGGCAUACGUGUCUGUCAAUGGGGUUUAUCAAGGCCUAUUAGAGAGAGACAUUGCACUUGUAAUAAAUGUGACCGGAAAACAGGGGGACACUCUGGAUAUUUUAGUUGAAAACAUGGGCAGGGUGAACUUUGGGAGCAAGAUCAACGAUUACAAGGGCAUUUUGAGUAACCUGAUUUUGGGUAAAGAUGUACUCACAGACUGGAACAUUUAUCCUCUGAAUAUUGAUGAAGCCAUUGCUGGUGGGUGGCCUCAUUCAGGAAGUUUCAAGCCUAAAUCUCCCGUAAAGAAAGAAGAUUUAUUUGGACCAACUUUCUACAUGGGAACUCUUCAGUCCAAUGGUCUGACCUGGGACACGUUUCUCAAACUCCAUGAAUGGACAAAGGGUCAAGUCUGGAUCAAUGGUGUAAACUUGGGGAGGUACUGGCCGGCCCGGGGACCACAGCAGACACUUUAUGUCCCUGGACCCCUGAUCAGCCCCACUCAGAUCAAUAACAUCACAGUUCUGGAGCUGGAGGGAGCACCCACACAUCUUAAAGUCCUGUUUAUGGACAGGCCUCUGCUCAAUGCCACUAAAUCCUGACAGCACAAAAUGAUGCCAAAGCUGAAAUUUAUUUGUGGCUUUGGUAUAAACUAGACCUGUCACGAUAACACAUUUUGAAGUUCGAUAUAUUGAAGUAAAUAUAGACGAUAAUAUUGAAACUUUCCAGGUCGAGGGUCUGUCUACAUUUCUGUCUUUGCUUGCUUGGAAUGUGUCACGGCAUAAAACUUAACUAUCUCCAUGGAAACAAGCAGGAGAUGCCACCAGACCAAGUUACCGGUCGGAUCUUUGUUUUUUGAGCAGUAAAAGCACCCAGAAUUGAAUGAAUGGGAGAUGGAUAAGUUUAAUGCCACACUGUGAAACAUUUCAGACAAGCGGGAGUCAGACCCUCUCGCUGAAAAGUUACACAAUGCACCUUUAAACCACAGAAACUAUUCUAAAUCUACAAUACUGUUAAAAACCAUAAGCUGCAAUAAAUAAACAGCAGAAUGAAGUUAUUAAUUCAAACUUUUACAGCUUAAAUCUUAUCAUACAGCCAAAAAAUUUUCAAAAAUGUCCCAGUAGUGCAAAGAAAAUGUACACACGAUAAAUACUGACCCUAAAAACUGUAGUUUCAACUUUCAUACACUGAGGUAGGUAACGUAAUUAUCGUGACAGGCCUAGUAUAAACUAUAUAUACUUGAAUGUAUACAAAUUUCCCUCCAUGCUGCCUUAUGCCAUAUCACUGCUUUUACUGUUUUACAUAUGAAGCUUUUUGUCGUCUUAAAUUAAGACUCAAAUGCGAUGUGCUUAACAUUCAGUUAAAGGUUCUAUAUUACUAUUACUAUAAAUUAACUUUUGUGAGCUUUAAGCCAUGUCAAAAAAAAAAACAAAACCCCCCACACAAUUCUGGAAUUGUGUUUUGCUUCAUUCACACGUUUGAGUAAUGCUUGUUGUCUACAUUUCAAAAUCUCAAAAUGCUCUGUUCCACCUUGUGAUGUCAUGAAGCACUAGUAUGUUAACCUUUUUUUUUCAGUAGAGAUUGGCAAUUCCUAGGCUGGAAUGAUCCAAAUGAUUCUAGUGAAGUUGUAUGGAGUUUAAAAACACAGUAGAGCACUUCUCGUAUUAACUAGGGAUGAAACAAUAACCAAAAUAUCGUGAUAUCGUAUCAUCAAAAGUUCUCACAAUAUAUUGAAUUACAAGUCUCUUUGCUUAAAUGAAGAGUUAUGGUGCAGCAAUAGCUAAAAAAAGACAGAGGGAACUACAUAGACCAUGAUCCUUUGCUCCAUUUCAGUGUAAACUAUAUGAAGAAAUAACAGUUCUAAACACUUUUAAGUCUUAGUUCUUUGGAUUAAGUCUUGGCAAGGCAUUUUAAGAGAAAAAACCAUGAGACGUAUAUCGCGAAAAUAUCGUAAGGAGAGAUUUGGAUAUUGUUACAUCCCUAAUCGUGAACUUUCCCACGACAUCGCAAUAAAUAUCGUACCGUGAGGUUCAUACCAUGACGAUUUCAUAUUGUGAGACUUGGAUAUCGUUACACCUCUAGUAUUAACACAUGUUCAGUCCACCUGGUUCAGUCCUGGUUUAGUCCUGGUCCAGUCCAUAUACGGCGCAAAAGUUCAGCAUCUUCACAGUUAUUUUGGAGAGAGUAACUUAAAAGCAAUGCAGUAAUAAUGUAAUGCCUCAUAUUUUAAAUGCAGUAAUACUGUAAUGUAACUAAUUACUUUGAAAUGACAGUAACAAGUAAUAAAUAACGCAUUAAAGUUAAACAUUAAACUUGCCCAACAGUGCACAUGACAUCACAAACAAAGUAUUUUCAGUUUGAGAGAAGAACUCAGCCUAAAUCUGCAGAGUUUCUGUGUUAAAAAUGUGUGAAUGAAACAAAACACAAAUCCAGGUUUGUUUGUGAUGAGGAAACAUUAAAACACUGAUCACAAAAUAGUGUAAUAUAGACUCUAAUUCUCGCAAACAUCAAAAGACUGUCAAAAGGUUAGAAAAUGUUUUACUUUUUAUUGCAUUUCAUGAUUUUUUUUUAUUACAAUGAGAUAAAAAUUACAUUGCAACCUG